CAGUCAACAGAACAAAAAGAGGAAGCAGCACGUUGUUCAGACGAGUUUCAGCCUCGAGCGGAGACGACAGAAACAACAUGAAGCUGCUGAACUACGUGUUCAUUGUCCAUCUGAGCUACUGUCUCUGUCAAGACCCAACUGAUGGAAAUAACACAGGGGGAGUAAUGCUGAAGGAAUUCAAAGGUGACCCUCACGUUCACCACAGUAAAUGCCGCUGGACCCUCCGGUUGCCUGGAAACAGGAGCGGUGAUGUGGUGCCGCUCUCGUCCAACUCCACAGAUUCGUUGGUCGAGCAGAUCUGUCAGGACCUCGACUGUGGACGUGUCUAUCAUGUGGACAAAACCAGAUCCCCCCCCAACGCCACCUGCUUCCACGACUGCUUGUACAAAGACCACCGUUUGCAGAACUGUACGCAGAGUGUGAGCAGUGAAUGCACGGUGAUCACUGCAGCCGUUUGUGGCCACCAGGCUGUGUGGCUGGCUGAAGGGCCCGACCGCUGUGCUGGACGUGUGGAGGUGUGGAGAGAGGGCCAACGGGGAACAGUGUGUGACGACGGCUGGGACCUGAGGGAUGCCGACGUGGUGUGCGCCCAGCUGGGCUGUGGUUACGCCCUCAGUGUGACGGGACAGGGCGGCUCCUUCCCCCCGGGCAGAGGAUCCGUCCUCCGGGACGAGCUGAACUGUUCGGGCCAUGAGGAGAACCUGUGGGCCUGCCAGGCCUCACAGGAGGAGCCCGACUGUGGACACAAAGAGGAUGCUGGGGUCACAUGCUCAGAGAUGAGAGCCAUCCGACUGACUGGAGGUGCAGACCGCUGCUCUGGGAAACUGGAGGUUCACCGUAAUGGCAGCUGGGGCACGGUGUGUGACAACUGCUGGAAUGAACGUCUGGCCUCCAUGGUGUGCUCCAUGCUGCAGUGUGGCACCACAGCGCAGAACUUCUCCCAGUUCGUUCCUCCUCUCGUCCACAACCAGGGGCCACAGUGGUACUACCGGUGCGACCCGGGGCAUCAGGACCUGUGGCAGUGCAGGGAGAUCGUCAACAGAAUCCACUUGUGUAAGGACUCCAAAGCAUCAGGGGUCAUCUGUGAAGGUUCUCUUGGGAUUCUUCCAGCGACCAAAACUAAUUCUCCAGGGAUGACCAGUUGGACGGCAGUCCCAGCAGCAACAACAAGAGUCACCCCUUUACAAGCUUUACUCUCAGCGUUUCCUGUGCCCCUCAUCUUCAUCACUGUGUGUCUGCUGCUCCUCGUGUUGCUGAUCACUAACACGGUGCUGUGCUGCCACUACAGGAGGAGACACGCGUUUUUGCUCCAGCAGAGCCGCACCAGCCCUCGACCGCGUCGCCUCAACAACUACCAUGAAACUGUCGACCUGGUCAAAGUCACCGCCCACAACCAGCAGCAGACAAAUGUCCCCACGGAUCCCAGGUACCUGUGGACCCAGCGUAGUAGUGUUGACAGCACAUCAGUAGAUACAGACUAUGAGCAGGGUGACCCAAGCAAUGAGCCGUCUAUCCUUUUAUCGACCUUUCGGAAUUCUCAGCGAUACAGAAACCACACAAACCCUUCGCCGGGGCCUUCAGGUGCUGACGCCCUCUGUCCGGAAGGCCCUGCACCAACACAUAAAGACACAGGAGCCAGCGGAGGCCCCCCCGAUGCUCAACAGGCCCGAGCGUCAAUGAUCUCAGUGGAUUCAUUUGAAACCUCCAGCACCUCAUCUGGGGAGAACUACGAAAACAUAAACAACAGCAAAUACAUCAAUGUCACUCCUGGUCGGUUCGAUUCCUUCACGUCUGUGGUUCAAUAUCCUGGACUGGACCAGUCGUCUGCUGCCAGCGAAGCUCCCGAUCCUUCAAGGUUCCUCUUCAGAAAUUGUCAACAUCAGCCGGCACAAGCAACAAACCUGAGUUCAAGUGAUGAAGAUGACGGCCCCCUCUACUCUCCGGUGAGUCCUGACUGAAACUCUUCAUCGUCAUCACACAGUGGAGGAGACUCAACGUCACACAGACCCAGACCGAAGAGAACACAAAGACACAUCUGUGAAAUUACCCUGUACAGAAAACCCCCACUGUGAAUUUACAUGUAAAAACCAAAUAUCUCUCCAGACCCUGAGAAAAAAUUAAAUACAAUGAUCGUAACGGAGGUAAAAGUUUUAAAUAAUUGUGAUUUCGCAUCUCGACGCUGGAUUUUUCAGAACAGUCUGAAUUGCUUUGAAAAUGUAAUUUUUACUUUAGCAAAUAAAGGAAUGAAUAAAUAACAUUUUAAAAACUAAAUUAAAAAUGAUGGUUUACUCA